AUGACCCGCGCCCAGCAGACCAUCUCCCUCGCGCUCCUCGUGAGCUCGCUCUACCUCGCCCUCUACCUCCAGCUCAUUCCUGCCCCCGCCAAGGUGCAGGAGCAAAUUAUCCCCGUCCGCAGCUCGUCCGCGCCGUCAACCCCUGCGGCCACCUUGCGGAAGGCCACCUGGCUAACAAUCAUCACGCAGCUCCCCUUCUGGGCCCUCGUUUCCUUCGGCGCAUACCUCCUCGCCCGACUCGGCUACAACGUCAUGACCUUCAACGACGUCCCCGAGGCGCACAAGGAGCUGAUGGCGGAGAUUGACGAGGCCAAGGCCGACCUGCGGAAGCUGGGUGUCGAUGUCGACUAA